AUGAUUCUCUCUGAAAGCACUUCUUUAACAAGCGGCACAUCACUCCUUGUGGUACUCUCGCUCAUGAUCGCUUUCCUCAUGGUGUCACACGUCUUCGGUGCGGAUAGCUGGAACAAUGGCAAUUGUCAAGUCAUUGAAACUUUGAAUUCUAUUAGAGAUAGUAAUAGAGGAAAUUCGAUGAUUAAUUAUACGCAUUAUUUGUCAACAACAUCGACGAAUGAUUUCAUGAGUCGAUGGAGUUGCAAUUCUCUUCCAAAUAUUCUCUAUGACCACAGUUUUGAUGGAAUUCUGGUAGGAGCAUUUAGCAUUGUCAAAAUCUAUCCUAAUGGCAUGUCCUAUUGUCAAACAUUUCAAAAGAAUUCAUAUCUCAUGCUUCAAUACGAAAAAUCACUUCCUUAUUUCACCAAUGAAACAGUCAUGCAACAUUUUGUGAAAGAUUAUUUGGAACUGAUGAUAUUCGUUAAUACCUCUGAAAGUGUCCAACAAAAACGUAGUGAUUUUGCUUUUUUGGAAGGAAGAAAAGUAAUAAUUCCAAAACAACAACUGAAUUCCACAUUUUCUCUUUCCAUGCUUGACUUUGUGCAUACUUUCAAUUAUUUAAUGUACUGCCAAGAGAACAAUUCCUAUUUUGAAAUAUUUCAUAGAGAAUGGUUGCCCAGUAUCGUCAAAUUAAGCUCUUUGACACAAGUUCAAACUUUGGAUAUUAUGUAUGGCCAGAAUAUGGACGAAUUAUGUGGUCAUACAGGAGUAUAUCCGUUGACAAUACUUCACAACACGCUUCUUUGUGUGUGUUCUGUGAAUGGAAAUGAAACAACCGUUUCCUCAUUCAAUUGUCAAGAUAGUUAUGUCACGUUUUGGGUUCCACUCGCCACACAUGUUUCUUACAAGGCCAUUGAAUUUUCAUUUCAUUUCAUUCAAUUAAUUGCCAUAACAGUUUUGGUUUCCAUUCCAAUCACAUUCAGAUACCUCAAAAAAUGGAACGAAUUUUUGAACAAUCUUCAGAAGAAAGUUCAAAUAUGGAAAGCUGAAAAGAUGGAAGAGCAGCGCAAUAGAGUAUCACCUUCAACAUUAAUUCCAUCAUCUCCAUCCUCAACUCCUGUCAUACUUUCGUUCAAACCGAAGAGAGAUUUCAAAUUAUUGUAUGAUGCAAUCCGAGCCCUGUGUGACAUCAAAACCAUGACUAUGAUCUGUUCCAUGUUGUCACAAAUAUUGAUUACUAUCAAUGCCCUUCUCUAUAUAAUAAUUCCUGGCAAUGCAUAUUUUGAAAAUUAUAAUUUAACAUUAAUAGUAGCAGCUGCUACCUUUCUGUGUACCGGAAAUAUUCCUCUAGCUGUGACGUUCUAUGAAAUCUUGUUAGAAUUGUCAUUUGAAAGGAAAAAAAUUUCAAUUGUUGGAUUGUAA